AUGAAGCUGCUUCAGAGCAAAAGCUACCUUUUGGUGGUUUUCCUCCUGUACGUCAGUAUAUUCGCCAGAGGCGACCGAAAUAUUGUGGAUGAGGUGAAAUAUAAUGAGGAAGUAUGUAAUGAGAAAGUCGAUUUAUACCUCCUAGUUGACGGGUCUGGAAGUAUUGGGUACCCGAACUGGAUCACGAAAGUCAUACCAAUGCUCACCGGCUUGAUUAACAGUCUUAACCUCUCAAGGGACGCUAUCAACUUAUAUAUGAGUUUAUUCGGAAACCAUACAACUGAAUUGAUCAGACUUGGAAGUGGCUCGUCUAUUGACAAGAAACUAGCACUGCAGACCGUUAAUGAAUUGAAGAGAGUAUACGUACCUUACGGUACCACUAGUAUGUCCUCUGCUCUGACACAAGUGUACAUGCAUUUCAAGGAUCGAGUUAACAGAGAAAAUGCAAUCCAACUGGUUAUCUUACUGACUGAUGGUAUACCAAACAAUAGGUACAGAGCCUUGGAAUUGACCAAAACCUUAAAGGAAAAAAAUGUCAAGUUGGCUAUAAUAGGAGUUGGACAAGGCAUUAACCACCAGUACAAUAGAUUAAUGGCUGGAUGUCGUCCCCGUGAGAAAAACUGUAAAUUUUAUUCCUAUGCUGACUGGAAUGAGGCCAAGGAUCUUAUCAAACCUUUUAUUCAAAAGGUGUGUACUGAAGUAGAAAGGGUUGCUAAGUGUGGCCCCUGGGAAGACUGGACUCCAUGCAGUGUUACAUGUGGAAAGGGAACACACAGCAGAUCAAGAGCAUUGUUGCAUGAAGGAUGUACUACGCAUAUGGUUAAAGAAUGUGAAAUGGAAGAAUGCCCAGUAGAACCUGAGCCUGUGCCCGUACCAGCUCCUGUCCCACCCACCCCUGAAGAUGUCAACCCACGUACCACGGAUGAUGAGGAUGACCACCCCAAUUUUCACAAAGAGCUAGAUGUGCCUGAUGUAGAAGAUGAUGUUCCACCUGAAAAUGAUGGGGACAAUGGAAACUCAAGCGAAGAAAAAUUCUUCCCAGAAUCAGAUGACACGGUCCCUGAUGAAUCCAACGUCUUUCCGAUACCCCCCAGCGUUCCUGGAGGUCCAACUGAGGAGUUCCCAUCAGAUGGUGAAUUUUUUCCAGAAAGUCCGGGAAACCAAGAAUAUCCAGAAAACCCAGAGAACCCAGAGAACCCAGAGAACCCAGAAAGCCCAAAUAACCCAGAAGAAUUACCAGGGCAGCCGGAAGUGCCCGAAGACAAGAACAUAAAUGAACCAGUGAAUCCCGACGAAAGCGGAAAUGGAAUAACUGAUAAAGCUAUUCCAAAGCCAAUGGAUAACGAAAAAGACAUCACCAAGAAGAACAAAGCGGUUCAUCCAACUCAAUCAAAUCAAGCUCAAGAUAGAUACGCCAAACCACACAGAAACACAGGGGGAAAUGAUAACAAUUCUAACGCAAAUUCGGACAUUCCCGUGUCUCCCGUUCCAUCUGACUACGAACAACCUGAGGAUAAGGGAAAGAAGUCAUCAAACAAUGGCUACAAAAUUGCAGGAGGAGUAAUUGCUGGAUUAGCUCUAGUUGGUUGCGUUGGAUUCGCGUACACUUUCGUAUCUAGUGGAGGUGCUGCAGGAAUGGCCGGUGAACCUGCGCCCUUUGAUGAGGCGAUGGCUGAAGAUGAGAAGGACGUUGGGGAAGCAGACCAGUUCAAGUUACCCGAGGAUAACGACUGGAACUGA